CAGGAAAAAGACAAGAGUGGCGAAUGUUAGGACACAUUGCAGCCUUGGACAUGUACGGUUUGAUGCUGCCAAUACCUUUCAAAGCUCCUAGGGACACAUACUCACCCAAAUCAUCUAAUGCACAAAAUAAGUUUUUCCAUGACAAAUUAUAUGGAGUCUGUGGAGUCUAUAUUUUCCCCAGGAGAGACUAGAAAAAAAUUCAGUCAAUUUAUUUCAGUUGCUGAUUUUUGAAAAGCACAAAUUAACUGCAACACAAUGGAACCAAAUACACAAUCACGGAAAUUAAAGGUCCAGAUUAUCAUAAUACCAGCAGGCCCUCAGUCUACCCAAGAUUAGAGUGAGGAUACAAGGAUAUACGAUCUAUCAAAGAGAUUGGCUUGGAGAUUCUGGGUUUGUUCACAGAUUAACUGUUGUGCAUAAUUAUUCACACAUUCACACGUGAAGAUUACACAUGAUGAUUGGGUAGCAGUGAAGUCACUAACUGAUAAAAAGUAAAUAAACUGAAACCUUUUCUUUUCAAUUGCAGAUUCACACCAGUAUUAUAGUUAUUGAUGUCUGUGCCAUCACUUCAUUUUAAAAUGACUCAAGUGUGAAAAUUCCCAGUCACAACCUCCGCACACACACGUCAAAUGAAACUUUACUGCACACCUGAGGUGGUGGGUGAGUGAGUGAUUGACUUUUAAGUUGAUUAGAAGAUCUCUGUUGACAGUGCUGGCUUGAUCUGUCAGACUAAAUGGAUUACUUUAGAUUGCCUAACAAAAGCUUUCAGUGUGAAGGGGCAAUUUUGAGAUAGUUUGAUCAGUGUAUGCUAAUAUUAGUAUGAUUAGGAUGUGUGACACUUUCUCAUUGAAACACAGACUCAUAACAAGCAAAUUAUGUGUUCAGAAAAUAAAGAUCAUGCAAAUGCUAAAUUAAUUUACAUUUUGUAAUAACCAAGACUACAGGAACAAAGAGUUUAUACCUUUCUUUCUUGCAUGUUUUAGUAGGUGUUUAAGCACAGGAACUCUUUAGUGACAGUAUACAUACACUGUGUAUAUAAUGAGUACAAGCUAUUCCCCUCUGUCACUCCCCUGUGAGCCAUUUGUGGUAUAGCCUAUCCCACGGGCAGAUUUAAUGAAUGACGACACUGGACUUCUCCCAGAGGAGGGUGGAAACAGGCAGGCUUCUGGGAGUCAGUAAUUGCUAAUAUUAAUUAGUACAAAGCAGUAAAAUAAUCAUUUACACCUACUAUACUUAUUAGUAAUGUUAUCCAAGCCACCCCACAUCAAAACAGUCAAUCUCUUUUCUCCAUUUUGGUCCUGGGUUUCCUAGAAAAUUUGUUACACCAGCAAAAAGUCCUAUUUCAUGUAUUCUAUUAGAUACAUUUAUUGAACUUAUUCAGAUCUCAGUGUGAAGGCACAAAUUACUGUUUCAUGGUUCCCCUCCUGUUCUCUUCCAGCAAUCCAUCCAUGUCUGUCAGUCAUUUCCCCUCUUAAUAAGGCUUCCGGCAGGUUGGCUGUCUGUACAGUAGAGACCUUGUUUGUCACCCGUGUCUUUUACACUGUACCCACUUGGUUAAUCCCUUUUGUCCAGCCAAACCUCAUUAAUCUGGAUAACUGAUAUGAAUGAAGGGGGACCAAGCCUUCCUCUUCUCCCUCCCACCACCGUCUCUUUCUCCCCCGGAAAGGAAGUGACCUGCUUGUCUGAACAGGAAUCAGGCCAUGGCUACACAGCAGGAUGACACCAAUUUUGGUUGUGUCCUACGCACAUGUUCACACACAAAUGCACAAGCAGUGCGCACAAGAGCUGCAACUACUGAUUACUUUCAGUAUUGAUUAAUCUGCUGGUUAUUUUCUCGAUUCUUCAUCUGGUCUGUAAAACAUCAGAAAAUAGUGGAAAAUCCCCAUCACAGUGUCCCAGAGUCCAAGGUGAUGUCUUUUAAUGGUAUCCUUACAACUCAUGAAUAAUAAGUAUUAAGUAUCCAUAAAAGCAUCCAAGAUUUCCCUGUUAGCAGCAGGGGUGGAAAGAAAAGUAGCGCAAAAAGCAAAGAGGUCAGGGCAGGACAGGGUAGUUAGGUGUGGGUUGGAAUAAAAUGCGAGAUGGAAGGGGUGGAGGAGUUUCACUACAUGAGGGCCAGUCUGUUUCUCAAUUCAAGCUGCGGGGAUGGAAAUGGCAGAAAGCCAAAAGUAUCCAAAUGCCAAAUCAUCCACUUUACUAAUCUUGAGCUCUGUCAAACACACUUAAAUCUGCUCAUAAAUGCAAGUGGAUUCACAUCUUUAAUAACACUUUAAUGUGUGCCCCCAACCCUUCUUCCUAUUGUUCUCUACACCUCCCCUUACCCCUUGCUAUGCAAAUGUAAUCACCGCCCACUAUAAAUACACCUAUUCUGCCAUCCUCUCUUGCACUGUGACACAGGGGUCUUCACUCACUCAAGAGACACACUUCAGGAUUGCUCCUCCUUUCCAACUUCUGUCCCAGGAUGGCUGCAGCGCUCUGCUCUCAUUUUAUCUCCAGAAAGUCCUCCCAUUCGGCCUACCUACUAUUUCUCCUUCUGCUUGCUGGGCCCAGCAGCACAAUAGCACUUGGUCCUGGUAGAGGAAGGGAAGGGCUGGAAGGACGAGCAAGAGCUGAGGACAGGGUUAGAUCUGGAGUAAAGGACAAAGGCGGGGACAGGGCAAGUAUUGAGGUCAACACUGAAACUGGAUUUGGAGAUACUCGUGUUUCUAGACCAGGAGCUGCAGCAGAAGAUGAUGGUGAAGUGUGGGGGGACCCUGAUACUACUACUGGCUUCAGGUCCAUGCUUUCUAUAGGUGAAAGUGGACUGUGGGAGCCCCGCAGUUCCUCUCGCUGUGUCCCUAUCCCGUCAGGCAUGGCCUUGUGCCAAAACAUCGGUUAUGACACCAUGAGGAUGCCCAACCUGCUGGGCCAUGAGUCUCCAGCUGAGGCUGUACAGCAGAGUGCCAGCUGGUUGCCACUACUUGCCAGAGAGUGCCACCCUGAUGCCCGCAUCUUCCUCUGCUCUCUAUUUGCACCAAUCUGCCUUGACAGGUUUAUAUCACCCUGCAGGAGUUUGUGCGAAUCUGUACGGGACAGCUGUGCACCAAUCAUGAGUUGUUAUGGCUACCCCUGGCCAGAAAUUCUGCGCUGUGACCAGUAUCCUGCAGACCAUCUCAUGUGUAUCUCCUCUAUCACCAACAGCACUCUUCACACAGGGGGGCGUAGAGUGCCCCAGGCAAGCUGCCGGGAUUGUGAGCUGGAAGAGGCAUCUUCUUCAAAAGAUACACUGGAGACCUUUUGUAGGAGUGAUUUUGUUGUGAAACUGCGUCUAACACGGCUCAAGUACAGUCCAGUAAGCCUGUCUCAGUUCUCAUUGGCUGCAAAACUUGACGUUCUGAAACAUGGACCCCUGUUAGGUGGGCAGAUCCGCUCCCGCAUCGAACUGUGGCUGGAGAGGGAUGCCACCUGCGUAAGAAACAUGACACGGCACCACCAACGAGGCGGGACCUUCCUGGUGACAGGCACAGUGCAGGGGGAGCGCCUGGUGGUCAAUAAGGCUUACGCCUGGCAAAGACGAGACAAGAACCUGAUGGCAGCUGCGCGCAAAUGGAAACAUCACAGAUGCAGGAGCUAGGAUUAUGUGCUAGGUUAGAAAAUCCAAAAGAACUGACAUGUGAAACAAGCAUUAAAUAGCUAUGCAUAGGGAAAGGAUAGACAUAGCAUUUAGAAUUUGACUAAAUAACAACAACUGUAAAUUAUGCUCGGUAUAGUCUUUUCAAAUCAUGUCCAAAUUUCUGUGGUUAUGGAAGAAAUAACAUGCAGUCAGGUGGUCACAAAUGAGCUCAUAAAGAACCAACACUGUGUCUCUCAGGCAGUGGGGGUCAAAGAAAUAAAAGAUCUUUAAUAGAAAAUGUACAUAUCUGUGAAUUUUAAGUAAAAAUCGCUGGUCUAUAUUUGUAUGGCUUUGAAAAAAAUUAAAUGUUGUGUUCUAAAUCCUGAUCAAAUGCCAUUUAUUCAUGAAUAACAGAUCAUACUCAAAGAAUACA